CCAGAGCUGCCAUGUUAAUGGGGUCUCAAGAAACACCAGCCAAAAUUAAAUUCAACCACAAACCCAAAUGGAAUACCGCAUAGAACUAUGGUCAGGUUUUUUGUGUCUGUUGUUGUAAAGUGUUUGUUAAGUGUGAUUUGUUAGUUUUUUUAUAGAAAAUUAGAUACUUUUUUUUAGAUCGUACUCUCUGUUGUUGUUGUGGUUAAUUUAGGUUUUUAUCAACUCAUAUAGCAGCUCUAUUGUUAACAUUAUUAUUCAAAAUUUGAUCGGGUUUCGAAAGUUUAUUUUGAGAUGAAAUACUUUUUUUUUUUUUUACUACUGGUUUCAUCAAUCGUGGUUUCAUAAUUUUUUUUUUACAUGAUUAGUUUUUGAUAAUUCAAUGUAAAGAAACUUUAACACAAACUUAUAUUUAGAAAUUUUCUCUAAAGUACGGUUGUUCAAAAAAAGUACAUUUUCCGGUAGUUACACUUUCAUAGUUUUUAUUCCAUUUGUUAGGUUCUAGAGCGGUUUUCCUGAUGGGUUUGUUACACUUGAAAACAAAACUAAAAGUCUUCAGUUAAUUUUUUUUUGAUAUUUUUCUGGCAUGUAUACAACAAAUUCUUGAACAUUGUAGGAAAAUCUUUGCUUGUUUUGUGGUCUUUGCUUACAAAAGCAGCGCUGCGCGGCAGCAGGCAAGGCUACAUGCAAGCACCAUGUUGUGUGCUUACUGCAGCAGCAAGUCAGCAGCGAGCAAACCAGAGGUCCUGCGGCCUAGCGAUGCUGCUUAGACUCCCCCAAGCAAGCAAUUGGCGAAGCUGCGAUUCGAAGCGCUAGGGAUCGACAUAUUUAUGCAUGUGCAAUGACACAUGCAUGAUUUAUUUCGUCCCUCAUGCAACGACGCACAAGGACCUCUGACGUGCACGGUUUCUAGGUGGUUGGGAGUCUGCAAAACUCCACUUCCGAGACAAUGGUACAAAUUCUGCCUACUCCAAGAAACGACAGCCUGCAUUGCAUUGGUUUGUACCGUUGUCUUGGUGGAAUCACCUCAGAAAAUAGGGCUAGGGGUUCUUUUCUGAAAACAUGCAACCUAUGAAGUAGAAUUGGUACAACCAUUUAAGAAAAACCUGCUUGGAAUGAUUUUUAAAGAAGAAAAUCUUUCAAAUGUUGAUAAAAAGUGACUAAUAUACACCGUUUAAUAAAAAUACCUGGAACCAAAUGACCUUUAAAGAAGAUAAAAACAGAUAUUGUUGGCAAAAUAACCAGUAUACGCUGUAACAAGAGUUUGACAAGUCUGUUAUUAAAUUAGCACAGUUGUCGGAAAAGAUCCCUGGCCAAAUGCUUAUCACACUUGGGCUUGUUUUCUUUCAUACAUAACAAAAUUACUUGCAGGUUCAACUAGCUGAUUUACAAGAUACCUGCUAGGGUUUAAAGGAGUUAUACCAAUAUAAGUCCAACUCAUCCAUCGUACAGUUUCAAAAUGUGUAUAAUAUAUACAGGAAGUCGCUUUAAGACAUGUUACUGACUAACGAGUAUAGGAUGUUGAUCGCAAGAUCUUGGACACCAUAUUGGUAUGGCUCCUUGUGUGCUGCUGUGUGCGCGGAGCAAAGUUUGGUGGAAGCCACAUCCAUUUUCAACAACAGAAAAUCAAAUGACCAAGAAAUGAAGUUCAAAUCAAAUCAGCAUUUUGUAUUGCAGUAUGAAAACGAUUUGAAAUUAUUAUAUAUUUCUAGUUGCCACUGUGGAUGUGGUUUUCACCUUGUACGCAAGCGUACCCUCCCCAGCCUAGAUCACAAACCUCGCAAUAACUACUCAAAAUUAUUUGAUAAGAACUGAAGUUCGCGUAAAUUUCUUGCUGCUUUUUAGGCCCAAGCAGUUUAUUUGGCUUAUAUCGGGGGGACAAAAAAUUUCAUAUACUUGACAUAUCUUUUCUUCCACUGCAGGCAUUAAUUCUUAUCACCCCAACAGAUACCACUAAUGAAAUCUUUUUUUUAAUCUUCCUUAUACUGAUGUAUUUAUCAAGGCUUUUCCCGUUGAUGCUUCAUUGUCGCAACCAACAGUUUUAACCAUCAGAUGGACUCAAGACCAGCUUCAGAGCACCCUGCGUGCUACUUGAAGGCAAUUGAGACUCAACCUAACUUUGCUGUUGCUUGGAGUAACCUAGGAUGUGUCUUCAAUGCUCAGGGAGAAAUAUGGUUAGCUAUACAUCACUUUGAGAAGGCUGUCACAUUGGACCCCAACUUCCUUGAUGCGUACAUCAACCUUGGAAAUGUUCUAAAGGAGGCCCGUAUCUUUGACAGGGCGGUAGGAGCUUAUCUAAGAGCAUUGCAGUUAAGUCCAAACCAUGCUGUUGUCCAUGGUAAUCUUGCCUGUGUCUACUACGAGCAGGGGUUGAUAGAUCUUGCCAUCGAUACAUACCGCCGAGCCAUCGAGUUGCAGCCUCAUUUCCCCGAUGCCUACUGCAACCUCGCUAACGCUCUCAAGGAACAAGGAAAGGUAGCCGAGGCAGAAGAAUGCUACAACACAGCCCUCCAGCUAUGCCCGACUCAUGCAGACUCUCUCAACAACUUGGCUAACAUCAAGAGGGAGCAAAGCUUUACAGAGGAGUCUAUCAAGCUGUACUGUAAAGCACUGGAGGUGUAUCCAGAGUUUGCUGCUGCACAUUCUAACCUGGCUAGCGUGCUCCAACAACAGGGCAAACUGCAGGAGGCUCUAGUACACUACAAAGAAGCUAUCAGGAUUGCACCCACCUUCGCCGAUGCAUACUCUAACAUGGGUAACACAUUGAAGGAGAUGCAAGAUAUCCAAGGAGCACUGCAAUGUUACACCAGAGCAAUCCAGAUUAAUCCUGCCUUUGCUGAUGCACAUAGUAACCUGGCUUCAAUUCACAAGGACUCUGGUUCAAUACCUGAUGCAAUUGCAUCCUACAGGACUGCUCUUAAACUCAAGCCAGAUUUUCCAGAUGCUUAUUGCAACCUCGCUCACUGUCUACAGAUUGUGUGUGACUGGUCUGACUAUGAGCAGCGUAUGAAGCAACUUGUUACUAUCGUUGCCGACCAACUGGAUAAGAACAGACUCCCAUCUGUCCAUCCACACCACAGUAUGCUCUAUCCACUAUCUCCUGAUUUCCGUAAAGCCAUUGCCAGUCGACAUGGGAACCUUUGUUUAGAGAAGAUAAAUGUGUUGCACAAAUCCCCCUACCAGUACCCCAAAGAUUUGGUAGCGUCUGGUGGUAAGCUAAGGAUUGGUUAUGUCAGCUCUGACUUUGGCAACCAUCCAACAUCUCAUCUCAUGCAGAGCGUCCCAGGCAAACACAGUGAGAAUGUGGAGGUAUUUUGCUAUGCUCUCAGUCCUGACGAUGGAACAAACUUCAGAGCUAAGGUGUUGAAAGAAGUCGGAUCAUUUGUGGAUCUUUCCCAGAUACCAUGCAAUGGUAAAGCAGCAGACAGAAUCAAUGCAGACGGCAUCCACAUCUUGGUCAAUAUGAACGGCUAUACAAAAGGUGCACGCAAUGAGAUCUUUGCACUGAGACCAGCUCCAAUCCAGAGCAUGUGGCUAGGUUAUCCUGGUACAAGUGGAGCUUCGUUCAUGGACUACCUGAUCACAGACGGUGUGACAUCACCAAAUGAUCUCAACCCCCACUACUCUGAGAAACUAGCUUACAUGCCGCAUACUUUCUUCAUUGGAGAUCACUGGAAUAUGUUUCCCCAUCUCUUGGACAAAGUCAUCAUUGAAUCCAAGGAAGGACUGAAGAGGGACACCAUUGGUAUCAUCAAUGCGUUGGAUGUCAAAGGAUUCAUGGAGAAGGUCAAUACUGUGGCACCUGCUACAGUUGGUGGAGCCGUUGCUAACGGCAUCUCAUUAUCAGAUAAGGUGGAUUUGAGCAACAGCACAAACCAAAAUGGUAUGGCAACGAAACUGACGUUUCCCUGUCUAGAUAAUUCCAUUUCACAAGCACUGAACACCAUGGUGCUUCAGGGACACGCCCAAGCAUCAAUCAAUGGAAUGAAUAUCACACAUGGACUGGCUGUUAACCAGGUGCAAGCCAAAGCAGCUACUGGGGAGGAAAUCCCAUCAACUCCCAUCAUCACCACUCGCUCUAUGUACAACAUCCCUGAUGAUGCAAUUGUCUACUGCAACUUUAAUCAACUGUACAAGAUCGACCCAGCCACAUUGCAGAUGUGGGUUUCUAUUAUCAAAAAGGUACCCAAUAGCGUUUUGUGGCUUCUCCGCUUCCCCGCUACUGGUGAACCACACCUAUCAGCAACUGCAACCCGUCUAGGCAUGCCAGCUGGUCGUCUCAUCUUCUCUCCUGUUGCUUCAAAGGAAGAACAUGUCCGCCGUGGUCAAGUUGCUGAUGUUUGUUUAGAUACACCACUCUGCAAUGGUCAUACGACGGGAAUGGAUGUACUGUGGGCAGGUACCCCAAUGGUCACCCUACCUGGUGAAACUUUGGCAUCUCGUGUCGCUGCAUCACAGCUCAAUUGUCUAGGGUGCACUGAAUUGGUUGCCUCCUCUAGACAGGAAUAUGAGACCAUCGCCACAAGGCUGGGAACAGACCUAGAAUUCCGCGAGCAAAUGAAGUUCAAAGUGUGGAAGGGUCGUACCGAGAGUCCACUCUUCAACGUCAAGACAUACACCAUGGGACUCGAAGGACUCUUCUAUAAGAUGUGGGAGAAGUACGAGAACGGAGAUAAGCCAGAUCACAUCAAACAAGUCGACAUAACAGCAGUAGAGAAUGGCUCAUCACUCAGUGUAGAAAAGUGCAAGUAAAUACUAUACAAAGAUUGGGAGUUGUAUUAAGAAGUGGUUAGGAGAAGAUUUUAUAUUUCUGUUCGACAGUUUGAGCCAUAUCAGGGCCCAAUUUCAUAGAGCUGCUUUAAGCAAAAAACUAUUGCUUAAAAUUUGUUGGCUCAACAUAACUUGAAAGCAUGACGCCAGAACUAAGCAUGACGCCAGUUACAUUUUGUACAUUUAAAAUGAUAAUUUAGCUAGUAAACUGAUUCUGGUAAGCAUUAUUUUCUUGUGCUUAGCAACUUUUUAUGCUUAAGCAUUCUAAUGCGAUGAUGUGAGGUGUAGUCUAUCCUACAUCAAUUUGGGAUUUGGUCGCAACCCUCCACUCUCCCGGUCCAGCAUUAGGGUCCUCAUCUCCCCUCAAUCUUAGGAGACCUUUUUGAAGUGAUCUUUUACUUUUUGGAGGAGAUUUUGAAUGCUUUUGACGGCCACAAAUCUUCAUAAAGAUACAGUGCAGUGAAAGCAUUGUAAGACAGUUUGUAUAUACAGAUAUUAUGCAGUACAUGCACAGGUUUAUCCAGGAAAGUUAGCUUGGAAUAAAUAGACCAUGGCCCAAUUUUAUAGAGCCGCUUAACGGUAUGCAAAUUUUUGUGCUUACUGUAGCAGUAAAAUUUGCUGAGGUGUUAGUGUAUUUCACAGGUUAGUAAGAAAGUUAGGCAGCCAUCUAGCACGCUCACAAUGGAUUUGUAAUGUUACAUCAUUCAUUGUGAUAAUAUAGUACCGGAAGGUUAGCACGCCUUUUCAUGUGCUUAAGGAGAAAAAAAAGGCCUUGGGUCCCUUGUCCUUUUAAAAAAUCAAAAGCAUACAGGCUUGAACACUUGAACACCAGAUUGUCGUACCAUUAUUGCAUGCUGUCUAUGGGACAUCUCCUGAACAUUUAAAUGUAUAAAGCGUUAAGGAUUUUGAUUGCAGUGUAAAUAGCUGUGUUUAGUAGGAACUAGUCUAAUGCUUUGCCUGAUUAACAAAGAUGCUAUUUUUCUGUUGAAGCUUCAUCCGUUAAUCGAGAAGAAUGUUCCGAAUUAUGUUGUAAUUUUUCUGUUGUAACUUUUUAUUUUACCGAUCUCGUAAGCCAUUGAUGAGGAUAUGUCAUUUAAUGGUGAUAUUCCCUCUUAUGGUUAUAUUACAUAAUUUUUGUUUGUGUUUGUCUUUUUUUUUGUAACAGUCGGUUUGCAUUAUAAUGUUCUGGAAUGUACAUAUGUCAUAUAACAGUAAAGAUUUAAAAAGGAUACCCCAUUAUUUCCUGAGGAUAUCGAUAUAUUGGUUUAUUUUAAGGAUUAUUUAGUGUAAUACCGAGCAUGGAGGGUGAAUUAUUAUUUUUUUUAUUCUCAAGUUUUGUUGGUGAAAGUAAGGCUGUAUGAUAAAAAACAAAGUGUAAUGUUGUGAUCCAUACUAACUACAUGUAAAUCGAAAAUUUCACCGCUUAAGUUGUCAGUGUGUAAGAAUCACACAGUUAAAAGAUUUCUGCAAUCAAAACUUGAUAAAAGACAAUAUUUCUAGUAUUGUUAAAUGACCCCCCAAAAAACAGUUAAAGAUUUUUCAGGUUCCAAACUUUUACCGUAAAAUACCUGCAUGCGCGUUUGCAAAAGUUUUUAUAUUAAAGGGUUAUGGUAUGAAGAACAAUUUUGUGUUUAAUGCAUUUGGAUUUUAAUAAGUUUCCACAUCACAGUACAUUGAUGACACGUAUUGUAUAAAUAAGAAAUUAAUUAAUUCGUAAUCACAGAAAUUCUCACAAUCAUUUUAAAAUUUGUUUCGGGAUUUGGAACUCUGAUUCUGUCGGUUGCUUGUCUGGCAUCGUAUACAGUUUAAUAAAAUCAGUACUUGCGUAUUGCACCAUUUUUAAUUUAAGCACAGUGCUGUAUUUUAACUUGGUAUCUUUAGCCCGCCUUAUACAAUAAUCUUCCUGAUUCAAAUAAAACAAGAUAAAUGAUA